AUGCUAGAAUAUGCAGAUUCUUGUCUUAAAGACAAUUGUCAAUUUGGAUUCAAACCGUAUCCUUCAAAUAAUGUAAAUGCUUUAAAUCCAUGUUUCCUAUCACUUGCCUCAGUGCUUAUCGCAAUUUUGUUAUCCAUCAUUGUGCUGUUACAGUUUAUUGAAUUGUUCAAGAUUAAGAAAGUCCCUCCAAAUUUCAAGUACAAGAAAAACCAUGUUUUGAAGUAUUUUUCCACUUCUUAUAUAAUUCACAUUUCAAAUGUUGCCUUAUAUGGUAUUUUGGUGGUUGUCCAAUAUGCUUUGUUUAUUAAUAACGAAGGACAAGCUGAAUACACAAAAAUAAUCCCACCCAUUACAAAAUUAUCAUUAUUAUCAAAUAUUAUUUUCAUUGUUUGCUUCUCUAUUCCUUCCCAACUAGUCCAAUAUUUUAAAACAUCAGCGGCCAUUUCCGGUAAUCUAUUCUACUUUAUGUUUUCUGCUUGUCUAAAUUUAUUUCAAUUUUCACAACGAUGGUUUCAUUUGUCUGAUAAAGAUAUGUACAACGUAUUGCCUGGUCCUAUCGCUGGGUAUCUAGAACUCGGUUUGUUUAUUGUUUCCACUUUGUGUUUGGUUUAUUUAACAGCGCAUUAUGAACCUUCUAAGGUGUUGUUAGAUUAUUAUAAGGAAAAGGGGAUAUAUCCACCUGUAAAUUUUUUCCAGUCCAUCACUUUUACCUGGAUGAAUCCGUUAAUUACAGACGUAUAUAAAAAGGGGAAAAUUGAAGAUCCGUAUAAUAUGCCUCUUCCACCUUGUAAUUUAAGUGCCCGUGAAUGCACUGAAAGACUAAGAGCCCGUUGGGAGCAAGAAUUAUGGGACAAUAAAGAUAACAACGAUAAAAAGAGUUCAAUAGUGAAGGCUAUUCUGAAAACCUUUGGUGGUACCAUUGCCUGUGCUAUUGUAUACGAAAUGCUACAGGAUAUUUUGAGUGUUAUUGAACCUUUAGUUCUAAGGACCUUUAUCAAGUCCUUUACUCAAGAAUAUAGAGAGCAAUAUCCCUUGUUAAAUAGUUUGUUUAUUGUCCUUACUUUGUUUGGUAUCAAAAUAAUUAGCACCUGUCUAUCCAAUCAAUUUUAUAUUACCAUUUUUGAAGCAGGUUUGGGUAUCAGGAGUUCUUUGAUGUGCAUGGUGUAUCAAAAGGGGCUAAAACUAAGUGUCGAUGCAAGAGAACAAAAAUCAUCCGGCGAUAUUUUAAAUUUGGCAUCUGUUGACGUUUUGAAGAUCCAAAGAUUUUUUGAAACGUCCCAGGGUAUAUUUGGAACUCCAAUUCAAUUAGUUGGUGUGUUACUUUCAUUAUAUUCUUUGGUUGGGCGUGCCGUUUUUGGCGGGCUUGUUGUUAUGAUCAUCAUGGCGCCAAUAAAUUCAUACUUAUCAAAGAAAUUGGAAGGGUUGUACCGCAAAAAUAUGGAAUACAAAGAUACAAGAACCAAAUUGAUUACAGAGAUUUUAAAUUCCAUCAAAUCGAUCAAGUUGUAUGCAUGGGAAACACCAAUGUUGAAAAAAUUAUUUCAUGUGCGUAAUGAUUUAGAAUUGGAAAAUUUCAAAAAAGUUAGCGUUCUAGACAGUUUCAUCUUAUUUGCUUGGAACAUGGUCCCCAUCAUGGUUUCUACAUCCACUUUUUUGUUAUAUGCUUAUUUGUAUAAUAUUCCGCUAACACCAGACAUUGUUUUUCCGGCCUUGAGUCUAUUUGAUUUGUUGGGCGAUUGUAUUUAUAUUAUUCCAAAUGUUAUCACCGAUAUCAUUGAGACCAAAGUUUCUAUCGAAAGAUUGAGGGAUUUUUUGUUAUUGGAUGAGAUCGAUGAUUCAUACGUGGAAGUGUGUGAUCCAAGUGAAGAUCUGCCUGCUUUGGAAAUACAAAAUUGUACAUUUUUGUGGGGCUCUAUCAAAACUAAUCAGAGCAAGAAAACCCAGGAUAAUUAUGACGAAGAGGCUGAAACAACUGCCUUGAAGGUCGCCUUGAAAAACAUAGAUAAUUUCAAAGUUGUCCCUGGAGAAUUGACAUGUAUUGUUGGUAGAGUAGGUGCGGGCAAAACAACCUUGCUAAAGGCUAUUUUGGGAGAACUUCCUUGUACAAAUGGUUCUAAUCCAAGUCUACCGCCCAAGAUGAUUAUAAGGGGGACUUCUAUUGCCUUUUGUCCUCAGCAGCCGUGGGUUAUGAAUUCUAGUGUUAAAGAUAAUAUCAUUUUUGGGCAUCGAUAUGAAGAAAAGUUCUACAAACUUACUUUAAAAGCUUGUCAGCUUUUACCUGAUUUAGAGAUUUUACCAGAUGGAGAUCAGACUAUGGUUGGCGAAAAGGGUAUCUCCUUGAGUGGCGGUCAAAAGGCACGGUUGGUUUUAGCCAGAGCUGUUUAUAGUAGGUCUGACAUAUAUUUGUUGGAUGAUGUCUUGAGUGCUGUGGAUGCUGAGGUUUCAAGUAAUAUUAUUCAGCAAGUUUUGAGUAGAGAAACUGGUAUUUUAAAAAACAAGACGAUAAUAUUGGCCACUAAUGCAAUCAAAGUUUUGCGACAUGCACAAAACAUUUAUGCCUUAAAUAAUGGAGAAAUUGUGGAAAAUGGAACUUAUUCUGAGAUUAUGAGGGCUGAUUCCAGGAAUUCGCCCUUGAAAAAAUUGAUACAGGAAUUUGCGUCAGUGGAACAGGAUGGCCCUAAUAUUAGCGAACAAAAACAGGAAGCGGUUGAAGAACAACGAAAAAAUGAGCAAGAGCUGGCUUUUGAAAGAGCCAAUGAUAAUAUUGUUCUCGACGAUAAUGGUGUUUUUCAAGAAAUAAAUGAUUUAUCUGUCACUAAAACCGCAGCUAGAAGUAUUGAUGGGGGGUCAAUUUAUAGUUUGGAUACCAGAAGACCAUCAAUGGCUAGUUUUAAGCGACCAACUGUAUUGUUGGACCAUGAGCAUGAUAAUAGAAAGACCAAGCAGGACGUAGAAAAAAAAGAGGUUGGGAAGGUGAAAAAAUCUGUUUAUUUAGUGUAUAUCAAAGCUUGUGGGUACGUUGGUGUUUUCUUUUUUUUUGUGUUUUUGGUUUCUUCUAAUCUUUUCAAUAUUGUAGAAAAACUUUGGUUGAAGUAUUGGUCCGAAAAAAACGAAAAAACACAUUCAAAUGAACAUUUGAUAAAGUACGCCAGUAUCUAUAUGGGCAUUUGUAUUACAGAUGCAGCAUUUUCUGUUUUGAAGAGCAUUGUUAUGAUGUUUUUCUGUUCUAUCAAUGCGUCCAAAUAUUUGCAUGAUACUAUGGCGAAAUCAGUCUUGAGCAGCCCGAUGACAUUUUUUGAAACUACACCUGUGGGCCGUAUCAUUAACAGGUUUACAGCUGAUAUUGGUUCUGUUGAUUCUGGCUUGCAUUUUAUUUUCAGUUUUCUUUUUAGAUCAAUUUUGAAUUAUUGUUUCACCGUUAUUGUUAUCGGCUCGGUUUUGCCAUGGUUUAUUGUUUUCAAUUUUGUGAUUUUGCUAUUUUAUUUUUACUAUCAGGUUUACUACAUUGUUUUAAGUAGAGAUUUGAAAAGAUUAAUGAGCAAUUCAUUUUCACCAAUCAUGUCUCUAUUGAGCGAAACUUUAAUGGGACAUAUGGUCAUUAAUGCCUACAAACAUUUGGAUAGGUUUAGUUUCUUAAACUACGAAAAUAUACAAUUUAAUAUCAAUUGCGUUUUCAAUUUCAGAUCCACCAAUAGAUGGUUAUCGGUUCGUUUGCAAAGUAUUGGUGCUUUUAUUGUUUUAAUUACCGGGCUAUUGUGUUUGUCUAGUGGUUCGAUAAACAAAAAGAAUAUUAGUUCGGGUACUGUUGGUUUAUUGAUGAGUUUUGCUUUGCAGAUUUCGAAUUCAUUGAUGUGGAUUAUUAGAAUGACAGUCCAAGUGGAAACUAACAUUGUCUGUGUGGAAAGAAUCAAAGAAUAUUGUGAAUUGAAACCGGAGGCGGAAGCUAUCAUUGAAAAUAGUAGACCCCCUAAGAAUUGGCCAGAUAAAGGUGAGAUUGUAUUUGAAGAUUAUACCACUAAAUAUAGGGAAAACUUGGAUCCUUCGUUGAAGAAAGUAAGUGUUCAAAUCAAGCCUCGGGAGAAGGUCGGCAUUGUUGGUAGGACAGGCGCUGGGAAGUCAACCUUAACGUUGGCUUUGUUCAGGUUGCUAGAGGCCACCGAAGGCAGGAUUAUGGUUGAUGGAAUUGACAUUUCCAAGAUAGGGUUAGCUGAUUUGAGAAGCAGGCUAUCUAUUAUUCCACAAGAUGCACAAGCCUUUGAAGGUACUGUCAGAUAUAAUUUAGAUCCAUUUGAUGAAUAUACUGAUUCUGAGGUGCUUAAAGCGUUGGAGUUAUCGCAUUUAAAAGCACAUAUUGUUGAUAUUGUGAAAAAUAAUUCAAAUAGUGGUGACUAUGAGCAACAAGGUUCUGCAUCGCAGAAUAUUUAUGAAAGGUUUAGUGAUACUGAAUUGUUGGCUUGCAAGAUCGGAGUUAAUGGUGACAAUUUAUCUGUAGGUCAAAAACAGUUAUUGUGUUUAUCUAGGGCUUUAUUGAAUCAUUCUAAAGUUUUGGUUUUGGAUGAAGCUACUGCUGCAGUUGAUAUGCAAACCGAUAAAAUUAUUCAAGAAACUAUUAGAAGCGAAUUUCAAGAAAGAACUAUUUUAACAAUUGCACAUAGACUAGAUACAGUUAUGGACAGUGAUAGGAUUAUGGUGUUAGAUAAGGGUGAAGUUAAAGAAUUUGAUACACCAGCUAAUCUGCUAGCCAGAAAAGAUUCUUUAUUUUAUGCUUUGUGUGAAAAAGGUGGAUAUGUGACAAAUCGCCAUUGA